CCCGGUUGGAGGUUGGUGCACUACGUAUUGUACAUAUUGGAUGUUGCAGAAAUGGUUGUUGCGCUCCCCAAUAUGCGCGUGCUUUGAACUAUGGAUGCAUCGAUGUCGGAAUUGAUCUGUAUCUCCCCCCGGGCAAGGCGUGCACUGGCUCCCAUGUAUAGGUUAUGCUUGCUUGCUUCCGCGCGUGCAGGACUGGAUUAGGUUGUUGCUUGCUUCUCCCAGGCCACCUAUUUUCGGUGGUAAAUGGAUGACAAUGGAGGCGCCGAUCUCACAUCUGAUCUCCUUGUAGUGCGCUGUUGGUGAUUCCCAGGAGGUUGUGCUGCUUGGGUUUGGGGCCUUCUAACUAUACCUUGCGUUCCCUUGAGACUACCCGCACGCAGUCUUCUUUCCUUCCUUUCUCUUUCCUCCUCCGUUCUUGCCCUUUGUGUUUCAACACCUCCCUCUUUCCCAACCUUUUCCCACCUCCACAUUCCCGCAGCAACAAAUAGAUUGCUGGCUCUUCUCUUCUAAACCUCGAUCUUCGAUUCUCCUUCUCUCUACUUUCAAGUCUUAUCCACAUCGUUUAUACUAUACUGUGCUUUUCUAUAUCCUCGCGCUGACUCAAGCGCCUGCAGAGACACCACCGUCCGCAGCAGCAGGAUUUGUCCUUGCCCGCCAUUCUAGUGGCUCAGCGCUGCCCGGCUCCGUGUCUGUGUACACUAUUGUACCUUCUUUUGCGAGUCAACCAAUCCCUGUCUAGUUGCUUGCACAGGAGACAGAGUAGUCAGCCCAGAGGAGACGGAAGAAAAAAAGAGGCCAACAUCAAAUUCGAAAUAUCAAGACUAAAAACAACAACAAAACAUUGAGAUAUACAGCCACGAACGCUACCGCAUCUGCAUCAACUGUGGUCAAAUCGCAAAUUUCAGUACUGGAUCUGAUCAACCAUUUUGACACAUACUAAUACCCGACUUCGACUCCAUCUCACGCCGCGUACCAGCCGUUUUUCAAGGUCGUGUCGAGCCAGUAUUCACUACAAAGUUUUAUCGAUUGAGCAUUUCCGCAGUCAAGUUGCUAGCUUCGACAUCGCCGUCAACGGGUGCAAUCCAGUGCGUGGUUUCUUAGCUCCACUCGUCCAUUCUCUCUCUCCUCAUUCCAAGCGCUACGUUCCCAGACCCCGGCCAUUGGAUCAGUCUCGCGGCAAUCGACCUCCUUGAGUUUGCGCUACUCUGGAUUCUCGCCCUGUCCUUUGGAGGAGGAGUAUCAUCAUCAGCAGCAUCAUCGUCAAUAGAUCAAGCUCGUUCCCACUUCUGAGGAAUCCUGAAUUUGGCGCUCCCCCUGCCAGCCUUUGAACGACCCCAAGCCAACUCAAGCAAGCCCCUGUCGGCCAGCCAGAACAAACCCAAUCCGAGCCAGGACCUCUAUGUAUGGCGGAACCCCCCUGCCACUGUCCCGCUCAGCGCCACCACGAGGGCCCUUGUCGCUUGUCCAUCGCACGCCAGAUCUACCCACCCCCUUGUGCCUAGCCUGGUACCUACUAUUUGUUUCUCUCUUCGCCUCUUUUCAUUUCGCCUCAUCGGCCCCUCCCCAUUUUGACACCCCAUUGCCAACCCUCACCUGAGUCCAUUGUCACAUCUCCCACCCUGGUCCCGUGUUGACCCAUUCCUGGCUUCUUCAGUUCUUUUACUACUGGAACCUCAUUCUUUACCACCCCCCUCCCCGUUUAUUCGUACUGCUGUUUUCCUUCACCCAUCACAUACACCCCCAGCCGGAUCUAGCCAGGUCAGAUGCAUCUACGGCCUUAAAACAGUCCCAAAUCAUCGUUGGUAAUUACCAGAUCCGCUAUGGAAGCGGCUGACUCUGGAGCCAGGCAAAGGUCUGUUUGAAUCCCGACUUGAAAGUAUUCAUAUUUCUGUCUGCCCCUCCCAUAUUAACACAUUUCUUGUCUUUACAGCCGUCAUUCUGCAACCAAUUCAGAACACCAAAUACACCACCCACCUCAACCCGAUCAACCAUACUCCGAUCAUCGCCAUCACCAUUCCUACUCGCGGGAUAUCUUGUUGGACAGGUCGUAUCGAGAACCUUCCGCCAUGGCAACGGCAACCCUCAUCACACCGGCCGCCCAUUACCAACCUCAACCUCAACCGCCUUUCUCCAGUUAUUCACAACCCAGCUCUGGUGCUGCCAGUAUUGCCAACAUGAUCUCUGAACCUCGAAAAGCAGCCGACGAUCAGGAGCCCUCAAAUCGCCAGUCGCUGCCCUCAAUCUCGGAGGUCAUCCAGGGCACUAAACCUGGGCCUUAUCCUGUUGCACAUGCGCCGGGUCUGCAGUCAGGUUCGAGUUUGCCGUCGCCCUUCGCACCAGCUCCCCGAUCGUUCCCAGAGGCCGAGAAGCGCUCGUCUCCUCAGCCUCUCCACCCGACCUCAUCCUUUCCUCGGCAAGAUGGACCUGCGUUUGCGGACUCUCCUCGUCCUCAUUUCAGCAACCGACCAUCGCUCCCUCCUGUCUCUGACCGUCGCCAGAGUCCUUCGGCCAAAGCUGAUCUACCUCCACACCACCACCACCAUCCCGAGCAGAAGCUUCCUGAACCUCACCACCCACUCAAUGGUGCAUACGCUCAUCCCCCUCCGCCCCCUCCAGCUCCUGUCGCAUACCAGCCUGGCCAGCUGCCUCCAGGUCAAAUGCCUCUGCCUGCGUAUCCCAUUUCCCCCAGACAUGGAAUGCCACCACAUAUUCCCGGAUCUUACGAUCCUAGAGCGCCUCCUCAUGUGGACGACCCUGAAUAUGCCCGAGCCAGAUACGAAGCUACAGUCGACAGGCACUACGAAAGCUGGAACUAUCAAGACUCAUUGAGCCGAGUAAGUCACCUGAGUUGCAUGUUUCACCAAGAACAUAAAACGCUGACUUUUGACAGAUUGGCACCUCGUCUCGUACGAUUUUUAACUUUGCCGAAGCUUACAGCAGAAUCGCUCAAGAACAGCACGGAGCUCAUCCUAUCCCAGCUCGACUGCCUACCGAACGAGAAGUUAGCGAUAUGCUCAGCAAUAUCGAACUUGUCAAGAGAUCACUGGAGCAAGUGCGUGACUUGGUGCAAACUUCGAUCCAGAACGAACGAGCCCGAGAAGGGUCCAAGAUGAAGGGACCUUACGAGGAAGAGCACGAUGUGAACAUGUACGGCGAUGGAAUGAAGCCAGCGUAUGGUAUCACAGAAGUUAAAAAGCGUCGAGGUCGUGCUGCUCCUCCUGGACGAUGCCACAGUUGCAAUCGAAUCGACACCCCUGAAUGGCGACGUGGACCUGAUGGAGCCCGGACUCUCUGCAACGCCUGCGGGUUGCAUUACGCCAAACUGGAAAGAAAACGCCAACUCGAGGCGAGGUCGAUUCGCCCUAAAGAUGAGGCUCAUCGACAAUGAGGCCCUUGGCUUGAUGGUUUUGGCUAUAUUACGACGUGCUCAUGGGCACUUGAAGGCAUUGUGGAUAGGUGCUCGGUUGUCCCAUGAAUGACUUGAACUCCAGCUCGCAACCCGCAUGUCUACACAUACACACUCGCCUCACACAUACACGCAUACGCACACAUCUUCACGUUUAAUAAUACCCGAUCCACAGAACGGCGACUUUGCGUCGUUCUCUGUAUAUACGUUUUUAUAACUGGGAUACCUUGGGCUUUGAGCAGGGACCCGCAGCAUAACAGGCGUUUGUCUAAUUAUGGACAUCAUGUUUACCAUGGUGUAACUUUUGAAUUCAUGGGUGGAGAGAGGUUUGACUUUCUAGACAAAAGAGAUUUCUUGGGCCACGCGAUAGUGGAGAAAUUACUGGGGUGGGCGGAGGGCAGCGGAGAGCAAUCAUCGCAACAUCAGCAAUGGAGGUGUUUGUUGGCCUUGCUCCUACGGAGGAGAUAGGAAAUUUUAUAUGGGGUGGGAUUCGUUAUACUGGGAGGAAAACUACAAUGGUUUUACGGCAUGUAUCCAAGCGGAAAGAUUACUUGGCAUGAAGAGGAGUAAAUUGAAGGUACCAAGGACAUGUGUCUAGGCCUAUCGCUGAAAGCAACGCCAACAAGGCCAGGGAGUCUACAGCAAAGGAGAUGUCAAGGGCGGUAAAAGAGAAAUCACAAAGUGACUAUGCCGAGCUCGAAUGUGCAC